CUCUGAGACUCAAAACCCGAUGUCGUCGAUGAAGGGGUUAGUAAGCGGCUGCACACACCGGAGAUUCAUCGUCACGUGGGAAUGAUCACACAGCCACAUCGUGCCAACCACGUCAGCCACGUCAGCCACGGUGACGAUCACGGCCCUCCAACAGCCAGGGGAAGCGACCGCCGCGGACAAGGCCAUCGAACUACUCCCUACCUUACCUACCCUUCUGACUCGGAAAUUGGACGCAGGACCUGACACUCUUCCAUUGAACCUACUGUCACCUUACAUUGCGGCUCAGGUCCACAAGCUCGCCUCAUUGCCGACUCAGUCAACUCAAUCCGCCCUCCCCCGCAUGGUAUACUACGUUAAUGGCACAAGCUCAUUGAUACCUCACAACCCUAUCACAAUGGAUGACUUAAGCGGUCUCAACUGGGCGUCCACCUCGUCCAACAAUGACGCCCGGAAGCCUCCCCCCAUGAGCUCGGGUUCUUUAUUCCAGAAUGUCCGUCGCAGUGAACUAUCUGGCCGAUCCACGCCGUUAUCUGCAUCCUCCGGCCCCUCCGGCCCCUCCAAUCCUCCGUCAAAGUCCGCGACACCGGAUAAAGACAGCUUUGCAAACCUGGUCUCCUUCAAUGCAGCUACCGCCAACAAGAAUCUCUCGCUUCUCGAACGACAAAAGCAACUGGAGGCGGACAGGGCCAGAAAGGAGGCGGAGAAGAGAUCCCACUUCGAAACUCAGUAUGGGGGACAGAACAACCAGUUCUGGGACAGCCUCGAGCGAGGUGGAACCCCGACAGCCUCCGCGCCUUCCACGGCCCCGGGACAGCAGAGCGCAGCCUCGGCCGACGAAGAUGAUAUACUUGCCGCCUUCAAUGCAUCCGCACCUGUAGAUGCCUCCACACACUUUCCUGUACCUAGUGCAAGCCCUGCGCCGCGGGUCGGAGCGGGCUCCUCUCAGGCUAGCCAUAACGGAGCAGGCGCACCGCUGCACGGGGGCAGCAGUAUGGCUUUCCCCGAUGACGACGACGAUCCGUUUGGCCUCAACCAGUUGAAACCCAAGCCCGCGCAACCGUCGCAGCAGCCUCAAGCUGCUAACGAUGAUGACGAUUUCCUCGGUUUGUUGGGUAAGCCAGUCUCCGAGCUCCCUCGGCCAGAGCCUCCCGCCAAACCACCUACGCCCCUGGAAACCGAGCAUGAUGCUCCAUCCCCAAGACCUAGAAGUGGGAUUGACCACGCCAUCGCGGAGCUUGUCGAUAUGGGAUUCCCUGCGGAUAAAGCCAGCCAGGCUCUGCGCAUGACAACAUCUGGUACGGAUGUUCAGGCGGCUGUCGGCUUGCUUCUCACUCAAGCGCAUGAAGAAUCCCGUCAGAAGUCCCGGAAUAGGCCGUCCGGGGGUGACCGCGCCCCCGCCCAUCCUGAGAGAAGCAGAGAACGGAAUGAAAGACCUAGCCGCGAUGUGCCCUCAUGGAUGCAACAAGAGCGGUCCCGUAGCAACAACCGCUCGCCAAUGUCCGCGGAAAAGGACCCGUCUCAAAUCGCAGCCGCAUUUGGAAAUAACCUGUUAAAGACGGCGAACUCUCUGUGGAAGACUGGCAACAAAAAGCUGCAGCAGGUGGUCCAAGACUUCAAUGUGGAUCACGAUCCCAGUCAGCCACGAUGGAUGAGGGAGACAUCCGCUCAUGCUCAUGGCGAACCUUCUGGUGAUCGUCCCCGAGAAGAUCGUUCGCGGACUUCUACGCAGCCCCAGGCACGACCUGAGAACAUGACCGAUGAAGCGUUGUUGCUCGAGUCAGGAGGACCAGUUCGUUCGUCACGAAACCCUGCACGGUCGAAUGAUGGGCCUGCGCCUCGCACGGCCAGCACCAACGUCAGGCGACAACCGUCUCCACCAAGAGAACGGCCUGUACAACAGCCUGUAUUCAUGCGGCAGACACCGAGGGCUGAAAUGAGGGACUCUAGAUCCCGGUUGACCAAGUCUGCUGUGGAGGAGCAGUCGGCGCAGGCUUACGUUAGCCCCGCAAGAAGAAAGCGUCCUGUCGCUCAGUCUCCUGCCCCGGAGCCGAAAGUCGACCUGUUUGAUUCCGCAGCUCCAGCUCCACCGCCGAAGCCGAAGCCCUCACCUGCACCUGCUCAAGCCUCGCGUUCCUCCACACCAUCCAAAACCCUACCCACCCGACCGAAGGCUCCGCCACGAUCAAUCCCUCCAGUGUCGCCACAAGCCCUUUCUUCGACCCAUCGCCAACGAGAAAUCGCCGCGGAUGCUUACAAGCGGGGCGACUAUGGUGCCGCACAUGAAGCCUUCUCCGCAGCUCUGACACCUUUGCCGGACCGACAUCCCAUUACCAUCCUCAUCCGCAGCAAUCGCGCCAUGACGGCCUUGAAGGUGGGUGAGCCCAAGGUGGCAAUCGGAGACGCGGACACCAUGUUGGAGUUGAUUGGCCCAAUGAAGGGUGAAGGCGAGAGCAUCGACCUCUGUAAUGGUGAGGCCGCCAAGCCGAUGAAGGACUUCUUCGGCAAGGCGUUGAUGCGUAAGGCCGAGGCGUUGGAACAGUUAGAGAGAUGGACUGAGGCCGCACAGACCUGGAAGCUGGCGGUCGAAAGUGGACACGGAGGCAGCACCAGUAUUCAAGGUCGCAAUCGCUGCGAAAAGGCCGCCGGUAUCAGCAAGCCCGCCGCCAAGCCCGCCGCGCCUGCCCGACGCCCACCGGCUCCUACGCCGAAGACAGCAUCUGCGCUGGAUGAUCUGCAAGGUUCAUCUGGCGCCUCAUCAGAAGCCGUCACUCGCUUGCGAGCAGCCAACCAGGCUGCCGAGCGCGCCGACGAGGAGAAAUUCGCCCUUUCGGAGAGCGUCGAUGCCAAGCUGGCGGCAUGGAAGGGCGGGAAGCAGGACAACCUCCGGGCCUUGCUGGGCAGUCUGGACAGCGUGCUCUGGCCCGAGGCCGGCUGGAAGAAGGUCAACAUGUCCGAACUCAUCUUGCCCAACAAGGUCAAGAUCCAGUACAUGAAGGGCAUUGCCAAAGUGCAUCCCGAUAAGAUCCCCACAGACGCCACGACAGAGCAGCGGAUGAUCGCCGGGGCAGUCUUCGGCGCCCUGAAUGAUGCUUGGGACAAGUUCAAGAAAGAAAACAACCUCUAAACAAACCGACCAAUCGAUACGAAACGUCGGUUUCUCCCCGACAUUUUCCCAUCGUAUCUUUUCUCAGGAUCGCGUUUUCUUCUUGUCUCCUCGUCAUCCUAGCCUCAGACCCUUUUUUCGAACCCCUGCUUGGGGGGGGGGGCUAAGUGAUCUCAUGCUUUACACACACAUAAAUUCAUAUUCUCCGACUUUCUCCUUGUACUCUGAUGGCUGCUGACGACGUGUGCACAAACGAAGCCCAUGAAUUCUCUUCCCCAUAUUAGCAUUCACAUUUCUCUUGUACAUAGAUAGAACUA